AUGGCGAAUACUUAUUCGCCUACAAUCACAAUAAUUGCCGGAAUACAAUUAAUAUUAUCAACAAUGGGAUUCAUAUUCAUGUUGAUCAUACUUUGGGUUGACAUGCAUCACGAUCCCGAUUGGCAAGAUCCGUCCGAUACAAUAUAUUCUAACAACGUGACAGGAGUUAGCAUGACAACGUUGUCACAAUCGCAAUCACUCACAACUUAA